UAGCAACAGUGGGGGGACGGGGAACAACUUUACUGUAGAGGAAUUUAGCUAACGUUAGCUAAGCCAACUUGUUAAACAUUUCUGUAGUUUUUGCAGCACAAUUGUGACAAUGCCGCUAAAUCGUGACCCUUUUCCUUUUCCUAGAUACGAGAAUGAUCACACCUUUACAGGGAGUAAAGUAUGCCAGAAACAACCUUUUGAAAAGCCCAUUCAUCUUGCGCAAAAUGAUGAACCAUGGAGCCGUUUAAAUGAUACAGCAACUCUUGCCAGUACGAGGCGAAGUGUUUUCUUCCGUAAGGAGACACCAAAAGAUAGUCUGGACUUCCAUCUCAGUUCUGUGUAUGAUAACCAUCUUGAUUUCCUGCGAACUAAAAAUCAAGCCUUAUUACAGCCAGAGACUCUGGUGGACAACCAUGGGGGAGAAAAGGGAGACGCUUCAAGCCACAAUUGCAAUGGGGUAGUCAGAGUCUGGAUCAACCCACAGAAAGCGUCUAUUUACAGCAUUGAGGGAACGAUUGAAUCUCAUCAUAAUGCUUCUACGAACCGAGGGUACUCCAGGAAGGACAACGGCGGAUUUUAUUCAACAUGAAGUGAACGCUAGAUAACGAUGUUAUGUUCACGACUCGCUUAGCUAGUUAACGUUAGCUUUUUUUAGCUAGCUAGAUUUCUAUGCAUACCUCGAUAAUCUUAGUCAUUCACUGUGUAAUAAAGGUUUCCGAAUUAA